AUGCUGGCUUUCUGUACUGACCUGGUUCUUGUGCUGCUCAUUUUCACAGCCCGCAAGUCCAAAAAAUUGGGGAAAUUGAAAGGGAUUCACGAGGAGCAGCCACAGCAGCGUCAGCAGCCACCACCCCAGAGCCCCGAGGAAGGGACGACGUACAUCGCGCCCGUGACGGAGCCCUCUGUAAACACAGCACUUGUCCCCCACAUGUCUGCUAUCUCACCAGCACUUACUCCCUCUCCUGUUAAGAUCCUUGAAAGCAUUGAACCGGAGAUUGUGUACGCAGGAUACGACAGUUCGAAGCCAGACACAGCCGAGUACCUGCUUUCCACCUUAAACCGCUUGGCUGGCAAGCAGAUGAUUCAGGUGGUGAAGUGGGCAAAGAUACUUCCAGGAUUUAGAAACUUGCCUCUCGAGGACCAAAUUACUUUAAUUCAGUAUUCAUGGAUGUGUCUGUCAUCGUUUGCCUUGAGUUGGAGAUCAUACAAACAUACAAACAGCCAGUUCCUCUAUUUUGCUCCAGACCUGAUCUUCGAUGAGGAACGGAUGCGCCAGUCUGCUAUGUUUGAACUGUGCCAGGGGAUGCACCAGAUCAGUCUGCAGUUCGUUCGCUUGCAGCUUAGCUUCGAGGAGUACACUAUCAUGAAAGUUUUGCUGCUGUUAAGCACAGUUCCCAAGGAUGGCCUCAAAAGCCAAGCUGCAUUUGAAGAAAUGAGGGCAAAUUACAUUAAAGAACUAAAGAAGAUGGUAACUAAGUGUCCAAGUAACUCUGGGCAAAGCUGGCAGAGAUUCUACCAACUGACUAAACUUCUUGACUCCAUGCAUGAU